CAGUGCACCAUGGCCUAAUAUUAAGGGUUGAAACGUUUCAUUUCUACAAACCUUCUUCACUUAAAAUUGCGGGGUAAGUGAAGUUAACCGACCUACAAUCAAAUCCAACCAUCAUCAUUAAGAUUGCUACUAAAAAAUGAAUUGUUUCAACCUUUAAUAAUAGACGGCUUUUUGCAGGUUUUCGUAAACGUUUUGGUCCAACAGUGGACUCCGUUUUACGUUACGGCUACCUCUCUCUAUUUAGCGAUGGUCGUCUAUCAAUCGGUCUUCUUCUUCUUGCUCUUCUACUUCUUCAAUGAAGGCACAAGUUGGCUGAAUGACCUCAACACCAUUUUUAGACAGGA